AUGAUUAUAGCAUGUGCAGCAGGCAAUGAAGAAGAACGCCAACACAAAGGUCAUCAAUUUGUGCCACAUUAUAAACUUCAAAUUGCUCAGAACAAGAUUUUCAGCAAAUUAUUGCCCUUUCAGCGGGACCUAUUCGAGCACAUCCUGAAGAAGAUACGAGAAAUCUGCCUCGUCCGUCUAUCUGGCGCCGGCGCACCAAUCCUAUGCCGUGGUACCCUUCGCACUCCAUCUUAUACCAAUGUGGCGUCGGUGCAUCAAUGCGACGCCGUGGGAGCCAUUUCACCUCACUUGCUACCUUCCGGCGUCUGCGACCCAAUCCGACGUCGUGGGACUCGUCCCAUUCCACUUGGUAGUUUCCUUGCGUCGGCGCACAAAUUCGACGCCAUAGGAGCCAUUUCACCUCACUUGCUACCUUCCGGCGUCUGCGACCCAAUCCGACGUCGUGGGACUCGUCCCAUUCCACUUGGUAGUUUCCUUGCGUCGGCGCACAAAUUCGACGCCAUGGGAGCCGUUUCACCCCCACUCGCUAGCUUUUGGGGUCGACGCAUCAAUACGACGCCGUGA